CCUGUAGAGUAGUGAUGGGUCAUGCGCACAAGCAUCGGCUCUGAGAGCCGGCUCUUUGUAGUGAAUCAGAAGAGCCGGCUCGCAUCGAGUGAGAGCCGGCUCCCAGUUUUUUGCCCAUUCGCUGCUUAGGUUUCACUUUCACAGAGGUCUGUUAUGAUUGGCCAGCAUGGCGACCAGCAUGCGGCAUUCACGUGAGAAUUAAGGAUGUGUAAACAGAGAGGGGGCGGGGCAGACACACCACUUGACUCCACUGCAAGUGAAGAGAGAGACAGAGCGGACUGAGGAGCGUGUGUGCGUCUUGCAUUGUCGUGUCGUUUAACUAUGAGUGACACUAGAAAGCGAAGCAGCAUCUGGCUGCAGUUUAAAGAUAUUGGGAACAAGAAAGCAGAGUGCCUUCACUGCAAAACGAAGGUCACUAUAAGAGCAGGUUCCACCACAAACCUGCAUAGACAUACAAGAACUGUCCAACCUACAGUGCAGUUAGAGGAGAGAGGGCAAGCCAGCUCACCAUCUACUGAUCCUGGUGUGUCUCAUACCAGAACAACAGCUGCUGUAACGUCUACUGCCAUCCCCAUGCGUGCAAGUAUAACCUCUCCUACUGCAACUCAAAGCAAAAUAAGUCAGUUUUUACCUAAACUGAUGACCCCAGCCAAACAGCACAGUAUUGAUGAUGAGUUGGCUAAAAUGGUAGCUUCUGAUUUUCAACCCUUUUCCAUUGUGGAGGACAAAGGAAUGAAAAACUUUGUCAAAGCCCUAAAUCCCACAUACACUCUACCCAGUAGAAAAACACUUUCCCAAACAAUGAUCCCAAAACUAUAUGACACAGAACGUGCAUUAUGGCAAGAAAGGGUGACAAAAGCUCCAUCAGUUUGCCUGACAACUGACUGCUGGACCUCCAGAACAACCUGCUCUUUCAUGUCUGUCACUUGCCACUUUAUUGAAGAUUACAAGAUGACAUCUUGCCUUCUGGACUGCUUCGAGUUCACCGACAGACACACUGCAGAAAACUUGGCAGUGGAGCUACUAAGAGUGGCAAAAGAGUGGCAAGUAGAGGACAAAGUGGUGUGCUGUGUGAGUGAUAAUGCUGCAAACAUCACCAAAGCCAUAAAAGUUUUGAAGUGGACCCAUCACCCAUGUCUGGCGCAUACACUAAACCUGGUGGUUAGAGAUGCUCUGAAGGUGAUCAAAACAACCGUGGAUAAGGUGAAGGCUGUUGUGGAGUUUUUCCACAAAAGCACAGUAGCAGCACAGAAGCUAAAGUCCACACAGCGCCAAAUGGGGAUUCCUGAACUGAGGCCCAAACAAGAGUGUGCCACCAGGUGGAACUCAACAUUUGAUAUGUUGAAACGAAUGCUUGAAAUAAAAGAUGCCAUCAUCUCCACCCUGGCCCUCAUCAACGCAUCUAUUGAGCCAUUAAGCCAAGAGGAAUGGGAGCUGGUGAAAGAGGUCUGCGCCGUCCUGCAACCAUUCCAGGAGGUGACUGUGGAGAUAAGUGCAGACAGGUACCUAGAACCAUUGAAGCAUUGUUUUCUCUACUACUAUUCAGUCACUAUUAUACAUUGCAAACACAACACAUACAGUAUAAUGCAUCACGUAUAAUAUGCCACAUACUUUUAAAAAACUAAAUUCUAAAAGUUGCUGUUUUCUCUCCUUCAGCUAUGUCACAGCCUCGAAAAUGCUCCUGCUUUGCAAAGGUCUGCAGCUGGUGACAGCCGAGAACCAAUGGACAGUAACUGUGCAGAAAGUGAAGGAAUUAGUUGCAGCUCUUUGUUCAGCCAUGGACCGCAAAUUUCUGCGGAUGGAGUACAACACUGUCCUUUCAGAAACUACCUUAUUGGAUCCAAGGUUUAAAAAACUUGCCUUCAGUGAUCGUAGAGCUGUUGAUGAAGCUCUUCAGAGGAUUAGUGCAGCAGCAGCAGCAAAAUGCACCCCCAGCAGCCAGCCAGCUCCACCAUUACAGGGCCAAGUGGAGGAGGAGCAGCAAACCUCUGCUGUUUGGAGGCUUUUUGAUGACAGAGCUACAGGAGAUGCUUCAAGGAGAAAUCCGACAGCUGAUGCUAUAAUGGAGGUGAGGAGCUACCUUGAGGAGCCCCUCAUCCAGAGAGCAGAAGACCCACUGAGCUGGUGGCAGGCCAAGGCCUCAGUCUUUCCACUCCUGGUGAAGGUGAUGGAGGGGAGACUAUGUAUUGUUGCCACAUCAGUUCCUUCUGAGAGAAUCUUCUCCAAAACAGGGCAGAUACUCACGGAGAGGCGAAAUCGUAUCAGGCCUAUCAGCCCAUCCAAGCUGAGGCAUCUGAUCUUCCUGAAUGCCAACCUGCCCUGAGGACUAAUGCUGUUUGCUGGAGUUUGGUUCUGGUUUUGAUUCUGUUCUGUGGAUUUGUUUGAAGUUUAUUGUUAAUUUGUGCAAUAAAAAAGUUUAAUUGAAAUAAACAAAUGUAAGAGUGGUUUUGUCACAGAAUAAAUGCACAGAAUUAGGCAUUAUAAGGUCUCUCAUAAAAACACUGAAAGCAAAAGGGUUUUCAACACAUAAACCAUGAUUUUUUUUCAAAGUUAAGGUAAAAUAUAGGCUACAAAAGAUCCUAAAUAAAGAGCCGUUCGGGAGUCGAAAGAGCCGGCUCUUCUUUGGGAGCCGAGUCAAAAGAGCCGGCUCUCAGAAAAGAGCCGAACUUCCCAUCAUUACU